AUUGAUUAACCAUUUUAUACAGGAAUGAGUUAUUCGACUAAAGAGGGAUUAAUAGAUAACAGUUGGGAUGCAGCAGAUUAUGUAAUUGAAUUAUUGACUUAAUAUUUUGAAUAAAAUAAAGAAUUAGCUAAAGCAAGAUUACAUAUUUGGGGAGAAAGUUAUGGUGGACAUUAUAUACCUGUAUUAGCAGAGAAAAUAAAAAAAUAAACUAAUUUUAAUUUAAUUGGAAUAGGAAUUGGAGGAGCAUGGUCUCAUCCAAGAGUAUAAGUAAUACCAACAGUUAGAUAAUUAAUAAAUUAUGGAGUCAUUGAUCAAUAUAGAUAUGAUUUAAUGAUGAAAUCUGGAAUUGAAUCAUUAGAUGACAUAGAUAAUUAAGAAUAUGAGAAAUUCUUAACUGUAAGUGAUGAGGAAAUAUUUUUUAAUGAUGCUGUUGGACCCAAUUUUAGAUAUAAUAUUCAAAUAUAUAACUAUGAUGAUGGAGAUUAAUAUGAAGAAUUUAUAAACGAUCAUAAAUUAUAAUUUGAUCUUCCAUUGAGUAUUACCUUUUAUGGAUGCAAUCAAGAUAUUUAUUAUGCUUUUGCAGAAGAUUAAACUGUUUCAGUUCUUCCUUCAAUUGAUUAUUUACUUUCAUAAGAAAUUAAAGUUUUCGUUUAUAAUGGUUAAUUGGAUACUGUAGUAUCUCAUACUGGAGUAGAAUAUUGGGUUAAUUUAUUAAAAUGGUAGGAUUUGCCAAUUUGGAAAAAAUAAAAAAAAUCAAUUUGGAAAUUCAUUAAUCCAAAAACCAACAGAGAAGAGACUGCUGGCACUAUCAAAUCUUAUAAAUAACUACAUUUUUGUAUGGUUUACAAUGCUGGACACUAGACACCCACUGAUUAGCCAGAAGCAUGUUUCUAAAUGUUAAAGAACUAUUUUGAUAUUUGA